GUUGAAUUCGUAUCGCCGACAACCACCGCUUCCUGGACGAAACUGUUGGCGAGAGGAAGUUCGCGUUAUUUUUUCCGGAAAACCGAAGUUCGUCGAAGUUUAUAUAUAUUUUUGGCUGCCUGUACUCGUGCAUCCAAGCUUGAUGUGAAAUGCUGAGUGCAAUUUCGUUGGGGAUGAUGGCCAGAUAUUUUGUCAAACGGAAAACAAUGGCAAUCAGUGUCGGUAUCCUAUUGAGCCUUUUCGUCCUGUCCUUGUUUCUACCAAAAGCGAAAAAGUUCUUGCCCGGACUUUUUGUGAUGAAGAAACAUUCAGGCGGUGCAGGACCAGAAAAUUUCGAUGUUUACCCCAGUGAAACAAAGGGAGACGAACAGCUGAGAGUCCCAUGGACGUGGGAAUGCAAACACAUGGCGUCCUUCCGCACACCGGGCAUGUACUGCAUCCGGGAACUAACGUCCAGCUUUGCAGAAGCCAGCAGUUUCCAGGAAUGCAGUCUGACAUGCACCGAAGGCAGGUCAUUCUGGCCACUGCCCCGGAACAUCACGCACCUGGGCACCACUGUGGUGGAAUUCUCGCCAAACAAAGUCGCCCUUUCCGUGGACACAGACUCUGUGUCGGACCAGGAUCACAGAGUGGAUGUUGUGCGUCAUUACCUCAGGACUGCGGGGAAGUUGUUUUUGAAGGACGUGAAGCGGUACGAUGUGCGCAGGAAGCUGAUAAGAAAGAAAUUACCGGUGGUUGUACAAAUUACCCUAGCGGUGAAUUCGGCAAUCGUCCACUUGGGUCUCGGGGUGGACGAAUCGUAUUCCUUGAGCGUGAGCCGUCAGGGUGACCGCGUCCGAGUGAAGAUAGAUGCCGCCACUGUCUAUGGUGCCCGUCACGGACUCGAGACCCUCUCUCAGGUGAUGGAUUACGAUCCCUACAGGCAAGCCUUUAUAAUGCUGGACUCCGUCCAAUUAACCGACCGUCCAAGUUUUCCAUACCGAGGUCUGAUGAUUGACACGGCAAGAACUUUUAUUCCGGUCCCGACCCUCAAAUCCGUGGUCGACGCCAUGUCGUGGAACAAGAUGAACGUCCUGCACUUACACCUCACAGACUCACAGAACUUCCCGCUCGACUUGGCAAAUGUGGAACAACUCGCGGAUUUUUCUGCCUAUUCGGCCACCGACGGGGUUUACGAAGUGACGGAAUUGAGUCAAUUGGUGGCCUAUGCUAAACUUCGCGGGGUCAAAGUCGUUCCUGAGGUCGACGCUCCGGGUCAUGUGGGCAGUGGCUGGGAAUGGUCCGGGGACGCCAUUUUAUGCAACAACUUGUUGCACCAGGGUUCUUGGACUUCCUACUGUGUAGAGCCACCGUGCGGCUUUUUGAAUCCGGCUAGCAAAAUGAUGUUUCGAACAUUGAGGAAAGUAUACAAAACCGUUCUGGAAACAUUCGACCACGAUUUGAUUCACAUGGGCGGCGACGAGGUGCGAUUCACGUGUUGGAAUAAUACACCGGAAAUAUCCGACUUCAUGAAAUCUAUCCGCUUGAAUUCCUCCUUCGAGGGAUUCUUGACCUUGUGGGGGGAUCAUUUUCAAAAACCCGCGAUGGAACUGGUGGAAGAGUUGAAUUUCGGAAAACCUGGAGUGAAUAAGACCGACGCCAUCUUGUGGACGAAUUCCCUGACGGAAGUGAAGACAAUUCGAAAAUUUCUUCCACCUGAAAAGUAUAUUAUUCAGGUGUGGGAUCACAGCACUGGAGAGACUGGAGCAGAAUUGAUGAAGCUCGGCUACAGGGUGAUCUUUUCAAAUUACAACUCACUGUAUCUGGACUGCGGGUACGCUUCGUGGCUGGCCAACAAGCCGUUUUGGUGUGCCGAUUAUCUGCCGUGGUACAAGUUGUACGAUUUUGAGCCGAAAGUGGAAUCCGGCAAACAUAAGGGGGCAAAUCUCGGUGCAGAAGCUUGCAUGUGGACGGAAACAACGAGUGUGAAUGCAUUGGAAGCUAAAAUUUGGCCAAGGCUCGCGGGACUCGCCGAAAGGCUGUGGACGAACCCAAGUCGUGACUCUUUCUAUGCAUGGGAUAGGGUAAAUUUGCAGGCCGAAAGAUUGGCACUUCGGGGUGUGAAGGGAGACCAACUGCAGCCAAAGUGGUGCUUGCUGAACCCCGGGGUUUGCUACGAUAGCCGUUGAGAUUUGGCUUGAAAGAAUUUUCAUGAAAUUAAUGUCACUGCAAAUAGGAAAAUGAAAUUUAGAACAUUGACGACAGCAAAAAACUUGGGUAAAACUUGGGAAACAGUCUGAAUGAGAUCUCAGUUUUUCCCGAUCGUCAGUGUUUCCAGCUUAAUUCUUUAAAAUUGGCUGAAGAAAUACAGUACUUUCAUGAAAAUGCACGUUGCAAUUCUCCCUCAGCCUGACCGGAAUGUUCUCAGAAAAACACUAGAAAUUUGAGGUGAGCUGAAUGCACAACAAAUUCAGCGCCACACGGUGAAAUAAAGAAUGAUAGGUUUGAUUGUAUCAGCUGUGACUGUAAAUAUACUUCGCACGAAUGAAUCUCGUGUUUCUCACA